AUGGGAACUGUCGAGAAGUCAUCAAACAACGAUGCAUCGGUUACCGACGACAUCAGAGGAGCCGAGUAUUAUCACGGUAUGGUGCCACGUCAAGAUGCGGAAGGGUUCUUAAAGCGAGAAGGAGACUUCUUGGUUCGAAAGACAGAGCAGACGCCAGGAAAAGUUGUGUUGGCUCUCUCGGUGCGGGUGAAUGAUGAAUUGUGUCGUCAUUUUAUGCUCAAUAUGGAUCCAGCAACGAACAAGUUCUAUUUUGAGUUCACUCAUCAGGAGAGUACUAUCCCGGAUCUCAUAAAUUGGCAUAUGACCACCAAGACUCCUAUAUCCGCUGCCUCGGGUGCUAAGAUCCGUCGUCCGAUGGAACGUUCUCCUUGGCUUAUCAACCACGACAGUAUCGUUGCGAACAAGAAAUUGGGAGAAGGUGCGUUUGGUGACGUCUUCAUUGCGGAGCUGGAUCAAGGAGGUAAACAAGAAGUGGCUGUGAAGACAAUGCGUGCAGAAGCUACACGGGAGGCACGUCUUCGUUUCAUGAAAGAAGCCCGUCUGAUGAGAAAAUACCAACAUAAACAUGUCGUCAAAUUGAUUGGAGUGGCAAUUCAUGAGCAUCCUCUGAUGAUUGUCAUGGAAUACUGUCCAAAUGGUUCACUUUUGAGUCAUUUGAAGAAAAACAAGGUGUCAGCGGCGGAUAAAUUGAGAUUCACCACGGAGGCUGCAGAUGGAAUUGCAUAUCUGGAAAGAUCGAAAUGCAUUCAUCGAGAUAUUGCAGCCAGAAAUUGUCUCUUGUCUGCCAAAAAUGAGCUCAAAAUCUCCGACUUUGGAAUGUCUGAUAACAAGGAUGAAAUCAAAGACGAGGCUCUCGAAAAAGUGCCUGUCAAAUGGUUGGCACCAGAAACUCUUCAAGAGAAGGUGUUCACUCACAAAACGGACAUCUGGACAUUUGGAGUUCUCGUUUGGGAGAUUUAUGCUGAUGGAGCUGAACCGUAUCCAGGAUUGACGAAAAUUCAAACUCGCGCCAAAUUAGUGGUCAGUGACUACAGGAUGAAGAUGCCUGAUGGAACACCCGCAACAGUUUCCGAGAUUGUCACGGGCACUUGUUGGCAGAAGAAUCCGGAGAAAAGGUCUACGAUGGAUGCUAUUCAUAAGAAGUUGAGAGAGUUUUAUGAGAAGAAAUAG